CACAAACAUUUUAAAUAUCUUUGCAUUGGGCGCCAAAAUGAACUCCGAUGAAUAUGUCGAAUAUUUGGAUACGCAAAUAACCAAAGUAUUGAGAGAGAUAGAAGUCAAUUUAAUAAAUAUAUAUCGAGUAUCCAUAGAACUGCAAACUUGUGUAAAGAAGCCUCUUCCACAUUUGAAGGAGUUACACGAAAUUGUGUCCCCUUGGUGUGCCUAUUUGAGAGAACUGGUUUCAACAAAGGAAACAACUAGGGUUCCAACCGUUCAAGGAGCUUUCAACAACGAAAACGCCUUGAGUGAAGCAGAACAAAAUACUUUACAAGAAAUUUCCAAUUUAUUGGCUCAUACCACUGAACAGUUAUCGUUGGCGGAGAACAGCACCAAAACUUUGAGAGAAGAGUUUCAACGAACACAAAAUACAGUGGAUACAAAAACUUCACCGAGAAACUGUCAAGAAAAAGCCGAAAUACAGGAGCAGUUGUUCCAAGUGGAUUCUCCUACAACUAUGUGGAAAGAGUUGUUAGAUAAAUAUUCUGAAGAAAGUCAUUCUACGAGUGAGCAUUGGUAUGGAGAAGACAACAUACAGUAAUAAACGAUUCAACGACUCUGCUGU